GUCCAUCCUAGACUAUAUUUUGCUGCAAAAAAUAGAAGAUCAGAACAUCAAAAAAAUGACAAAUAGGUAAGUAAGAUAACUUGCACAGGAGUGGCUUCCUAAUUGAAAAUGGCAUUCUGGAGUAAUUCAUGCUUUAUGUCUGUUAAAACAUCACCACAAGGGUCAGCAGUGUCCAUAGAAACCACAGCAGGUUUUACAAGUUCCUGCCUUCCAGAUGGAAUGGAGUAUCUGACUGGGUGUGAAUUUUCACUUGGGUCUUCCCAGAACCACCUCAUGUUGACCCUGCAGGACAGUUCCACCUACCAGAGCUUUGGCUUAGACAUGCUAACUCCACUGCUUGCCACCACCUGACCCUGUGCCAGACAACAUCCUGUCUGCUCCAACAUGGACCCCGUUCUGCUCUGUAUCCUGAAGACAACUGAGGAGAUGGGCUAUAAGGUGACUUACACAGAAAGAAACACAUCACUUGUCACCACCUCCUUGGUUUUGUUGGUGACUCGUCCAGAUCCCAGCACGUUUGGAGGUCUGGCCUUUGGAGUUACCUCCUACAGCAGAGGUGGGGAUCUCCAGGUCAACAUUCAAGAAAACCCUUUCAGAAAGGCCUUGGCUUCUGUGUUUUUACCAAAAUCACUGAAGAAAUUCCUAGGGAUUGAGCACUCUGACCCAGACAAGCAUUCAAGGAUCCAGUUUAAGUUCUUUGGCACUGCUUCACUCUUUGUGGAUGAGAGUUUAAAGGAGGAGAGGUUGAAUACUUACGUUGUGAGUGCCAGCAUUGAAAACACAUCCGUUCAGAACCUCCGUGAGCCUGUGACUGUUACUCUGCAGCACAUACACCAAAAUGUGGGUAAUGCAGCAGUGCACUGUGUCUUUUGGGACUUUCAGAAGAACAAUGGACUGGGUGGAUGGAAUAGAUCAGGGUGUGAAAUGGAAUAUACAGAGAUGAAUUACACAAUCUGUUUUUGUAACCAUCUUACCCAUUUUGGAGUCCUACUGGACUUAUCCCGGACGGAGACAGAUGCCUCCCAGGAUCGUGCUUUAACUCUGCUAAGCUAUGCAGGAUGUGGAGCUUCUUCCCUUUUCUUGGGUAUAACACUGGUGACAUAUCUAGCCCUUGAAAAGCUGCGAAGAGACAACCCUUCAAAAAUCCUGCUCAACCUUUGUGCCUCACUGCUGAUGCUCAACAUGCUCUUCCUCACCAAUUCCUGGCUGUCCUCCUUCCACCAGCCAGGUCUCUGUGUCACCGUGGCUGUGCUCCUUCACUAUUCCCUUCUUGCAGCUUUCACAUGGAUGUGCCUGGAGUCUGUUCACUUCUACUUGGCUCUUGUCAAAGUUUUCAACGUUUAUGUCCCAAAGUACAUCCUAAAAUGCUGUCUUGCUGGCUGGGGAAUUCCAGGUAUUAUAAUUACUGUGGUGCUCGUUAUAAAUAAAGACUUCUAUGGCAGUGGAUCCCAUUCUGAGAGCAACCCCUUCAGCAGUUUUUGCUGGAUUGAGGAGAACAUCGUGUUUUACAUCUCCGUGGUGGCCUAUGUCUUCUUAGUACUUCUGACCAACACAGCCAUGUUCAUCACUGUUCUCCUGCAAAUCCACUCUGUGAAAUCAAGGACACAAAAGAGAUCUGGAUUCUGGAAGCAGGGAUUUCUCCAAGAUGUCAAAAGUGCUUUCAGUUUGAUGUUCCUUUUGGGCUUAACUUGGGGCUUUGUCUUUUUUGCCUGGGGAGCAGUGAGGAUAUUUUUCUUGUAUCUCUUCAGCAUUUUUAACACUUUGCAAGGGUUCUUUAUCUUUGUAUUUCACUGCCUGAUGAAGGAGGAAGUAGCGAAGCAGUGUCGAGUGCACUUCUGCUGGGGAAGAUUUCAUCUGAGUGAUUAUUCUGCUGAAGUUCAUGACAACCCCAGUGCUGCACUUCCAGAAGGUGGGGAGACCAGACAUCCUUGUUCACCACGAAUCCUGCCCAUGGAUACAGGGCUGCACUCUCCACAGAAAGCAAGAUUUUUUCAUUGAUACUGAAUUUGUUUUCUCCUGGUUAUGUAGUGAUGAUUCUCUUUGUGGCAUGUAGAAAUAAACACUGAUCUCAGUACUUACUUUUAGUCUACAGUUAUUGCUCUGAACUCAAUUACAGAGCUAAAAUAAUCUGUAAUUCCACUCUCUAGGCUUCCGU